AUGGUGGUUUGUCGUACCCUCCCGGGGCUUUUCUCCCUGCUUCCUUUCCUUUCCAUGGCGAUCUCGUUUUGCGACUUUUCUAAGACUGCAGUACAGUCCGCAUUCGGCGCCCCUGGUACGCUUCGUUCUGUACGUGCUUUUGCGGGUCCCUUGCUGUCACCUGAUGCACAUUCUUUUCGGUCCAAGUGGCUAAAGGUUAACUCCUCGUCCUCCUACAAAGAAUUCGCCUCAGUCCGUCUUAGCGACCCAGACAAGGGUUACGAGCGACAAGGAAGAUUUAUUGCACGCGUGUUUGGAACCCAAUGGUUCGAGUACUGGGACUUUUUGGACGAUUAUUUGGAUCUCUCUUCUGAACACGGACUCUCGGUGUUGGAUGAGCGGUUGAGAAAAGAUAUGUCACCCGGAAACAAGCUUUGGUGCUGCUUGGAACAGGACAACGCAAAAUGCCUUCGUGAUGUCGAUUCACGUACGGUCCUGAAAUUCGAGACCGCUUCUCCCAGCACACCAAUCUCUCGUCAAGUUGUUCAUCUUCCUGACAAUACUAAUUCUCAGUGGCACACCUACAGAUCACAUCCUAUCUGUGCAACUUUGCUAGAUGAUAGUCUAGAUGCUAGUGGAGAUACUCCGUCUCCACGAGCACUUUCGGACGAUGAAGUGCGAGUUGCGCAGAAUGAAGUUACAGAGACAACGAAUACUUUGAGUCCGCUUCUCGGUUUGCUACGGAAGUUGACUUUUGCAAGUCCACUUCGGUGGUUGUUGGUCGACGGACCGGGAAACAGCGAGCCUAUUUUCGACCCACAGUCUGCGUUACCGCCUCACAAGAAACCGGUAAAAAUGUCAACGCCUGUGAUUGAUGCCACAAGGCAUUCGGGCAAACGAAGGUUGUCCGCUGUCGACCGAAAUCAACCGCCUCUCGAACAUACCGAACAGCCUGCGGUCAAAAAGUCCUCACCAAGCGGGAAGGCAUCCAUCCGAAAAAGUUGUUUCGUCCCACCCUUGCUAAAGCACAUUUAUCGAGCACUUCCUUCUGGGGACCCGGAACUUGAAAAAGCUGUCAUGGCUGUUAGCUCAAAUAAACAUGACGGUGACAGUGUUUCUUUGUUCUCCGAAUCGCAAAUUGGAUGCUUCCACUACGCUAACUUGUCCAACUUUCGUACAGUGGUUGCUUGGAGAGAAAGAAUGGAGGCAUUCAUACAUUUUCCCCGGAGGCAUAUGUAACCAAAUCAAGUGACUAUCAGUGCUUCCUCCUAUAUCCACCGCUUGCCAACCAGGCCCAUUGAUACCGAACGUGAUACGCG